AUGGGUCUUCAUACAAUUAUAAAAAAGCAAAAGCGAAAAGAAAAAGAAAUUCGUAUUUUGAUGCUUGGCUUAGAUAACGCUGGAAAAUCAACAAUUGUAAAGAAAAUAUCUGGAGAAGAUGUUAUGACAAUUUCGCCGACCGUUGGGUUUAAUAUUAAAACGCUAAUAUGGGGCCCUUUUAAGUUGAAUAUUUGGGAUAUAGGAGGUCAAAGGGUUUUAAGAGGAUAUUGGAGAAAUUACUUUGAAUAUACAGAUGCAAUUGUCUGGACAGUGGAUCUAACUGAUCGUAUAAGACUUAGUGAAGGAUGUAGUGCUUUAAAGCAAUUAUUAAAAGAAGAUAGGCUUCUUGGAACAAUUUUAUUAAUUUUAGGGAAUAAAUGUGAUAUUGAGUCAGCAAUGGAGAUCGAAGAGCUGAAAUUAUAUCUUGAAGUGGAGAAAAUUACAUCUCAUAAAUAUAAUGUUUUUAAAAUAUCAGCAAUGUCAGGAAUAAUGGUAUAUGAAGCAUUUAAAUGGCUUAUUGAAGAAAUAGAAAAUAAAAAAUAUAGAAUGUUAAGUUGGAAAUAA